GGCAUUGGGUACACGUUUUGACUUUGGGUUUGUUUUUGUAGUGUUGCACCAUGGUUUAGGCUUCAGUUCGUCGUACCCACCGCCCACCGUGGCUGUUUAUCGACACACACCUACCAUUCGCCGGCCUUCCAAUCGAUCCGAUUUCCCGGUGAAUGAUAAGGGAAUUUCUAGUAUGGGUUUGUCAUCUGCUGCUACUACCACUCUCAGUGAACCACUGAAAAUUUGCAUAUUUGAUUUGAGAAGGGGACAACAUGAAGGGGAGGAACUGGAGAAGAUUUUGUUCUUUUUCCCUGCUGAUUUGCCGUUUCCGGCCCAACUUUCUGUUAUUGGGCUCAGUGAAGGACUCAUCACUUUCACGAGAAUCUUUUCUCCUGAAGCAGCUUGUGAGGUUAUAGAAGCAGAAAUGCAUUCACAUGUCUUCUUUGAGGCAGAGCCUGAUAUUUGGAUGGUAAUGGUGGUUGCAAAAAGCAAGGAGACAGAAGCCAUAUGGAGAAUUGAAGCACUUCGAAGCGUUCUUAAGGAAGUACACUCUCUUUUUGUUAUGUUUCAUGGUUCUAUAAGACUGUUGCUUGAUAAAGAACCUGGUGGAGGACUAAUUCGAAGUCACUUGUAUACCUUCAUCAUGGAUUACCUUAGUGAUUUUCUCAUGGGCAACAAAUUCCUGUUACCUAAUUUUCGUGACUCUUUAAAGGAGCGUGGGACUGUACAGAUGUUGACUGUAGGACGGGAGGCUGCAAUUGAAGUACAGUCUCUUGUCGGAGCAUUAGAUUCAUGCAUGGGGAACACCUUAGGCUACUCGGUGAUCUUGUUCCAGGAUCUGCUGGUGUCCACAACACUAACCCCUGAUGACACUAUUAAUCUGUUUUCAUACGGUAUCCUAAGGUUGACCCCACGAGUUUUAUCUUCUGGAGGAAGUACCUGGUCUUAUUUGCGCAAAGGGAAUGCUUCUUCUCAUACUGAGCCAGGCUCUCUGUUGGCGAAUACUGGGUCAUCCUUUGAUCGGUUACAUGGGUUCCGGGAUACCACUUCUGCAGGAGGUGACAAUUAUCGCAUAGUGAGGUCCUUACAACAUGGCAAGUGGUCGAGGGGGAAGGAUGGAUUUCUUGUUACUGAUAUUUGGGGUGUAGAAGUUGGUAACUUGGUCCCCACCACCCCAACAAUAUGGCUUCAGCAAACAGAGCGUAAAAUGUACCUGUGUGCUUAUCAGCAUAAAAGCCUUACCAUAAUUCUCCUUAUACCUGUUACCUCCAUGUUUAAUGGGGAGGAGGGGAUCUCCAUGUUAAAGCAGCAACUUCUUGAAAAUGUAUCUACAAAGAUCUUUAAAGUUGAAGAGAAGCUUUCAAAAGGAUGGGGUGGUGAGAAUGCCUAUCAUGUUAAGGGGUAUCGUUAUUUGCUAGUGGAUGGUGACAGGAAUAUAUCUAGGGCUUCACCCGCUGGAAAAGUAACAACCCUAACAAAGGAGUCAUUACUCGCCAUAAAUAAGGUUCGAGAAGAUGUUGAUUUGGAGAAAAACAGAGCAAAAGGAGAUUGUGUGGAUCAUGAAAAGGAUCUAGAAAUAUGCAUUAGAGCAAAAAACAAUGCCUGGGUGAUUGCUCGGGCAACAAGAGGGAAGGAACUUUAUAUAGUUCUUGAGAAGGCCAACGAAACUCUUCUGUAUGCCUCAGAAGCUGUUGAGAAGUUCAGCGACAGGUACUGCAAUGGAGCGUUUUCGCUGGAUUAGGAAUAUCAUCAGAGCUAUGAGCAUGGUGAAGUAUGAUUUAUAUUCGAUAUGAGAAUUAUAGAAAUGAGAUGUGCACAUAGUGUUCUAACCACGCACCAAAGCUGUAGAUGUAUUUGAGGAAUGAUAGAAAUUAUGUAUCCUGUAAAGAAAAUAUAGGCUAGAAGUUAAAGCCAGAUUAAUAUGGUUUCAGUAGUUAGUGAAGUUUACAUUGUUGGGUGAGGAGACUUUUUUUUGGUUAUAAAGACGUGGAUGGGAGCAA